CUCGUCAUUACCAACUUACCGUUUGGUUUCAUGCGUAAGUGUGCGGCAAAGCUGUAUAUAUAAUAACAACAGCUUUGGUGUGCGGCACUAAUAGUAUUUUAAAAUUAUUUUGCAGUCUGUAUUUCAUUUUUGAUAGAAAUGAGUUAUCAACUGUACAGGAAUACAACCCUUGGACAUACUCUUCAGGAAGCUCUAGAUGAAUUAAUACAGUGUGGACAAAUUACACAUCAGUUAGCAUUAAAGGUAUUAUUGCAGUUUGAUAAAGUAAUCAACAAUGCUCUGGCAUCGAAAAUUAAAUCCAGACUGACUUUUAAGGCUGGACAUCUAGAAACUUACAGGUUUUGUGAUAAUGUUUGGACAUUCGUUCUUAAAGAUGUGGAAUUUCGUGAAGUUCAAGAGCUCAUCAGAGUUGAUAAAGUAAAGAUUGUUGCUUGUGAUGGAAAAGAUGAAAAGAAGUCCUAAUAGCAACUGAAGUUAGUGAGAAGCUGAGAAGAGAUGAGAUUUGAGUUGUAUAAAGUAUGUUUAUGUGUUUCGAAUAAAAUAUGUGUUGUUUA